ACCAGGCUUUCCAUAUGGGGAUGGGGAAGCCUUAGUGUUGUGCUUUUUCUAGGCACGUUUGGACCCUUUGCUAUAUUUUACUUCGCAUUUUAUAUCCUCUGCUUUGUGGGUGGGGGUUUUGUGGUUACUCUCUUAUUUGGAAAAACAAAUUCGGAAAAAUACCUUGAACAGUGUGAACACUCUUUUCUUCCUUCUACAUCUGUUGGGAUUUCAAAGUGCAUAGAAGAAAUGAAAUGUGAAUCCAGGCCUAUUAAGAUUGACAGAAGACUGACGGGUGCCAAUAUAAUUGAUGAACCUUUGCAGCAAGUAAUCCAAUUUUCCCUGAGGGACUAUGUCCAGUAUUGGUAUUAUACAUUAAGUGAUAAUGAAUCCUUUCUUCUUGAAAUCAGGCAGGCUCUUCAAAAUGCACUCAUUCAGUUUUCUACCAGGUCAAAAGAAAUAAACUGGCAGAGUUAUUUCACUACACGGCUAGUUGAUGAUUUUGGCACUCAUCUGCGAGUAUUCAGAAAAGCUCAGCAAAGAAUAAUGGAAAAAGAUGAUCAGAUGAAAGAUACAGCAGAAGAACUUGUAGAUACGUUCUUUGAGGUUGAAGUUGAAAUGGAAAAGGAUGUCUGUCGUGACUUAGUCUGCAGUUCUCCCAAAGAUGAAGAAGGUUUUCUAAGGGAUAUGUGUGAGGUUUUACUGUAUAUAUUGCUACCUCCUGGAGACUUCCAGAACAAGAUCAUGCGAUACUUUGUCAGGGAAAUCCUCGCCCGAGGAAUUCUUCUUCCAUUAAUAAACCAGCUCAGUGAUCCUGAUUAUAUUAAUCAGUAUGUCAUAUGGAUGAUUCGUGAUUCCAAUUGCAACUAUGAGGCCUUUAUGAACAUUAUUAAAUUAAGUGAUAAUAUAGGAGAGUUGGAAGCAGUCAAAGAUAAGGCAGGAGAAGAACUGCAGUAUCUGCGAUCCUUGGAUACAGCAGGAGAUGAUAUCAACACUAUAAAAAAUCAAAUAAACAGCUUACUAUAUGUUGUUAAAGUAUGUGAUUCAAGAAUACAGAGGUUGCAGUCAGGAAAAGAAAUAGAUACUGUGAAACUGGCAGCAAACUUUGGAAAACUUUGCACAGUCCCUUUGGACUACAUUCUGGUAGACAAUGUUGCACUACAGUUUUUUAUGGAUUACAUGCAGCAGACUGGAGGCCAAGCACAUCUUUUCUUUUGGAUGACGGUGGAAGGGUACAGGGUUACAGCCCAACAGCAGCUGGAGGUGUUGCAAAGCCGGCAGAAAGAUGGGAAGCAUCAGACUAAUCAAACCAAGGGUCUGUUAAGAGCAGCUGCAUUUGGGAUCUAUGAGCAAUACUUAUCGGAGAAGGCCUCUCCAAGAGUUAAUAUUGAUGACUGCUUAGUAGCAAAAUUGGCAGAAACACUGAACCAUGAGGACCCAACACCUGAAAUCUUUGAUGACAUUCAGAGAAAGGUAUAUGACCUGAUGCUGCGGGAUGAAAAAUUCUACCCUUCAUUCAAACAGAAUGCGUUAUAUGUGCGCAUGCUAGCUGAACUGGAUAUGUUGAAGGAUCCUAGUUUCAGAGGAUCAGAUGAGGGUGAAGGAGAAUCAUUUAAUGGGUCUCCAACAGGCAGCAUAAACUUGUCCUUAGAUGAUCUUUCAACUCUCUCUUCUGAAGAGUUAGUACAACUACAUGCGCACAUCUCUGAUACUGUCUAUGCUGACUAUGACCCAUAUGCUGUGGCAGGAGUAUGUAAUGACCAUGGAAAGACAUAUGCACUGUAUGCCAUCACUGUACAUCGGCGACUUCCAAACAGUGAAGAGACAUGGAAAACUUACCGUCGCUACAGUGACUUUCAUGACUUCCACAUGAGGAUCACCGAACAGUUUGAAAACCUUGCAAGUAUACUGAAACUGCCUGGCAAAAGGACUUUUAACAACAUGGACAAAGAAUUCUUAGAAAAAAGGAAAAAAGAUCUAAAUGCAUAUUUGCAGCUGCUGUUAAAUCCUGAAAUGAUGAAAGCUUCUCCAGCUCUGGCUCAUUACGUAUAUGACUUCCUGGAGAAUAAAGCCUACAGCAAAGGAAAAGGAGAUUUUGCUCGGAAGAUGGACACAUUCGUAAACCCACUGCGUAACUCUAUGAGAAAUAUGUCAAAUGCUGUCAAGUCGCUCCCCGAUAGCCUGGCAGAGGGAGUGACUAAAAUGUCGGACAACAUGGGCAGGAUGUCAGAAAGGUUGGGACAAGACCUAAAGCAAUCUUUUUUCAAGGUGCCUCCUUUAUUUCAGAAACCUGAUUCAGAUUCGGAACACUGCCGGGUUGGUGCACAACUUGAUGAUAAUGUGGAUGACAAUAUUCCUCUAAGAAUAAUGUUGCUGCUUAUGGAUGAAGUCUUUGACUUAAAGGAGAGAAAUCAGUGGUUAAGAAGAAAUAUUAAAAACCUACUUCAGCAGCUGAUUAGAGCAACAUAUGGAGACACAAUCAAUAAAAAAAUAGUUGAACAUGUCGACUGGAUGACCUCUUCUGAGCAAGUAGCAGAUUCAGUUAAGCGCUUCAGAGAUGCCUUUUGGCCCAAUGGCAUUUUAGCAGAAACUGUUCCAUGCAGAGAUAAAGCUAUUAGAAUGCGAACAAGAGUAGCAGGGAAAACUAAACUACUGGAAGUAAUGCCAGAUGAACUGAAGCACAUCAUAGGUGCUGAGACGACACGGAAAGGCAUACUCCGAGUCUUUGAAAUGUUUCAGCACACCCAACUAAAUAAGAGAAUGGUAUAUGUGUUUCUAGAGGGCUUCCUAGAAACCUUAUUUCCACAAUAUAAAAUCCGUGAGCUCUUCAACAAACUGCAUUCACACUCAAAGCAGAUGGAGAAAUACAAGCAGAGACUACAGUUUCCUCAAGCGCCUUCCUUACAGAAAAGGUGACACUCCAAACUAAGCUGGUGUCUGUUUGUCCAGGACUACUGACUUGGGCAGGUUCUCUGGGGCUUAAAACUCACAUGCUGUUAUUUCUGCACCAGUCUUAGUGUCACAUAGUUUAUUAAUGUAUCCAUAAGACCUGUGGAUCUUCUCAUUCUCACCUUUUAAUACAACCACUACUGCAAGGAGUUUGUCUUAAAUGAUUUGGUGCGUCUUCAUGCAACAUUGAGAAGAGUACUGACCCAUUACGUAAGAAUAUUGGUUCCUUCCGUUCCUGAUUGAAUCGGUGAUUGCCAGCAAUGAAAAGUGCCAGACUAUUUGAGGAUUAAGUAAAGCACAACGACAGUAAUGUUGGAAGAUUUGGCUAGUUUGGCACCGGGAGAUUUGUGCAAUGUUUGAAAAUUUCAUGUGGUUUGUUUUCCAUUGAUUGAGGCUUUAUUGCUGUUGAUCAAUAUACCUGUAAAGGCUGAGCUAACAAGAAAAAGUAUCCAUGGAAUAGCUGGUUCUGGAAAAAUUAAAUUGCAGUAUGUCCCAAAACGUAUAUUUAAUUGAGUACAGGCUGAGAGCUUUUAUACCACAACUAAUUUCACUGCUGUAUUUUGAAAAAGAAAUUUAGCAUUAGAUCUUGUUUGGGUUGGUUCAGUGGUGUAAGGCAGAGGUGCAGUAGAAAUAGUUUGUUUUGAUGAUUUUAUAACUUUAAGGGCCCUAUUCUGCUCUUCAGGCACAUGACAUCUUGCAUGCAGUCUAAAUUGGAACGGGGCAUACAUUUUUCCUUCAAAUUGUGCAAUUGGUAUAUUUUUGGGGGGGCAUUUCAAGCAAGGUGGCUAUAGCAGGAGAGGGCUACAUGUUCCAAACAGGGUAGACACCACAUUAAAAGAUAAAUUUGCACUAACAAGCAACUUAUACACAGUUCUCAUAGUAAAAUAUAAAAUUAUUUUUAAAAACCCAUUAUAUUGUAUUUCAUUUAAAAUUGCCCUAGUUUUAAGUAUAUAAACCUCACAUAGAAAAAUGCCAGAAUUAUUUUGGUUCCUCACUUGCACAAAAUUAUUCUAGACUUCAUUAAACAGUCAUGCAAGCCUUUGGAAAUUUACUGAAUAUCACAGUGUAUAUAUGAAAAUAAAAGUACAAUUACAAUAUUUUUUUAAACAAUCUUUUUUUAUUUUUUGCAUAAUGUAAAAUUUUAAUAAAUAAGCUGUUCUACACUGAGGCCCCAAAUCUAUCCCUUAAUGUCCAUAAAAAAAUUAAUACGUAUGCAAGACUAAAGUGAUUGAUCAUAUUCGUUUGGCCAUAGUAUACCUUGGAGUUCUCAUUCUCUCUUUUUUUUGGACUCCUCAUAUGUUUUCAGCACCACUACAGAAGACAGUAAAAGGUAACCCUAUCUAAUUCAUCAUAUAGAAUUUUUUUAAUGGAACAGUGUAAACAUUAAACAUAACUUAAGCUAUUAAAUGGAUUACUCCUCUUACUGAUUGGCACCUACAUGGGAACAGUAGAUGAUGAUCUCCCUUACCUGGGGUGGGGGAGAAAGGAGGACUUCUGUAGGAGCAUAGUAACGGGAGUAACUUGUAUCCUGAUGGGAACAAUAGGUGAUCACCUUAUGAAACAAGUGGGAAGGAGGAAGGGAAGAAUCAAGAAGCCCCCUCAUGGGGGUCUGAUCAUAUUGGCUGAAAUCUCGAUGUUUUUUUUCUUCUUGGAUUCCAUUCAUACAGUUGAAGCCCUUCCUACAAUUAGGUCUUUCUUCAUACUAUUUAGUGAACAUAAUAUAUUGGGUAUUGUUAACAUUGUCCUACAGAAUGCAUGUGCUCAUGUGCACUUGUUUUUCUUUGCAGAACUACAUACUGUAUAUUAAAUCCCUUCCUCACUGGGUUCCAGGCAACUAGGUAGCAAGGUAGAAAAAUAACCCCCUCUUACUCAGGUUCUAAAGAGGCAUGGUAAUUAAAUGCUGUUGAAAUUUCCCAUUUAUACUAGAACUUGAGAAAAUUGUUAAUCUACAUGGCCAUAUCUGAAAUUCCUGUUGCUUGUGUAGAAGUCUAAACUUCUUCCCUGUGUCAGUAUGCCCCAGCAUAUUUGAUACUUAAUAGAAUUCCAUGCAGCGUUUGUGCUUAGCAGUUCAUAUACUAUACUAGCUAUUGGGAAGGUUGAAUGUGCAAAUCAUUUUUUUUUUUUUUUUAAAUCCUAAAAAAUAUGACCAUACCACAUAUACAAUUUGGUUUGGGUUUUGUUCCUUAAAUAGCUUAAAUUUCAUGCAUUAUACUUCAGAGCCAGGAAGAUAAGAUGUUAAUCUAUGAAGUCUGUGGUGCUUUUACCUACUGUCACCGUAUUAGGCUUCAGGAAGAACAAGUCAUGCUCAAAUUUUAGGGUUUUUUAAAACUAUAUGCAUCUAAAAUCUUCAGGCACAUGGUUUAUCAAUCUUUGUCUAAAGGCAUUAUGCCCAGUGAAUUUAUUGUCUAUAAGCAGUUCAGGUUUUUUAGUAUUUAAUUUCAGAAUGAGUUUUCUUAACUUAUUGAUGCCUGUAGGCCAGACCCAUCAAAGGUUAAUAUUUUGUUUAACAAAUUGUGUGUAUGUGCUAUUAUUUACAUAGUUUAUAUGUUGAUGCAUCAGCCCUGUCAAGCCAUGUUGUCUGUAAUCCCUGUAAAGCCCCCACAAUUGAAUGUUAAAAUACAGCGCUUGGCUGACUGGGUGCAUCUCCUGUCAUUUGGGUGCUGUGACUAGUUGCUGAAAAUAAUUGUGCCAUUGUCCAACAAAUGCACUUGUUUUAGCCUUAAUUCUUUUAAAGAGAAAACAAGCAGUUGAACAUUUUUUCAUUUGGUUCAUCCUCAAGCUUGUGCUGCUGGUGUUUGCUAGAGCUAAACAGUUAAUUUUAAGUGCUACCAGAAUGUGUACCAAAUUUUAAAAAAAUAAAAAUAUAUAAAUUCCACAACCUAAAUUUUAAUUUUGUGCAAUAUUUUUCAUUUAACGCAUGUGUAUUUGAAUAACUAUAAAAUAAAUGAAUUUUUAAUAUUUUGAGAUCUAGGUUAAACUGUUGUCUUAACCCAACAACUUGCAUUCUGUUGUUGCAUCAGUUUAUUUAAGGACUUGUUUUAAAAGUCUUGUUUGUCACUCCUUAUAAAUUCUCUUGUUCUCAGUGAUCUUUGCUCAGCUGAGCAUGGCUCAUACUACAAGAGAAAAUCUAAAGAGCACAUCUUAUGAAUAUAGCUGUUAUAAAUGACUUGUGCAUAUCAUUGUACAGUAAGUGUCAACUGUGUGCCUAAUUGUUCUAUUGAUACUUCACCCCCUUUCUUUAACAAAGAAUGAAUAUGAAUGAGAAUGUUAUGGUCAUUUUUACUGAACGGAAAAGAACUCUAAAUUUUUAUUUGGGGUUUGCAUUAUGUUCUGUCCAAUAGAAAAGCUGAAAACUAUUACACUAAUAAAGUAUUAACAGUA